AUGCCUCCUCGCCGUGCUCAUACCAAGUCCCGCAAGGGCUGCGACCAGUGCAAACGCCGCCGCGUGAAGAGCUCCCCCACAGGGCGCUGGGUCUCAUCCGGCCCAUCAUGUCCCCCCUCACCGGGCGUCCACCCCGUCGCCACCCCACAGCCCGCCGUCAACCGUCUGUCGGUCGCGCUGCCGGCAACAUCCGGCGUUCGGGACCUGGAGUUGAUGCACAAGUUCUCCACAGAGACGUAUGAGAGUCUCUGCACGACCGACAAUGAGGAUCGCGUCUGGAAAAUUGACGUCCCACGCCAGGCGCUCCAGUAUGACUUUUUAAUGAAUGGCAUCUUGGCCCUCGCCGCGUUGCACAUCGCUUCGACGACCACACCCGCGGGGUCUCUGGCCUACAUUGAUACAGCGCUCGAGUACCAUAAUCUCACUUUCGCACCAUUCCGGGCCGCCGUCACCAAUAUCACGCCGCUGAACUGUGAGGCCGUGCUUGCGCAGGCAGUCAUCACUAUCGUCAUCGGCAUCGCCUUGCCGCAACUCACUGCCGAUCGGAACGAGAGUCAGGGCAUGACCGAGAAUAUUGUCGUGGUCUUCGAGCUUCUGCAAGGCGUGAAGAACAUUUUUAGCAUCGGCAAACCAUGGAUCAAACUGAAUCUAUUCACGCGGGCCACGGGCAAUUGGCAGGGCGACCCAAUCGAGCUAGAAAGUGAUGCAUUUACAGCCUUUGAGAGACUGGCAUCCCUGAAUGAUGGGACUCUUGAGGAUACCGACCCCGAACAACAUCAGAUCAAUAAAACAGUCAUCGACUCGCUCCGUUACUGUUUUUCCAUGUUUAACGAUACCGCAAGCCCUGCGCAUGUCCUCGCCUGGCUUGCUGCCGUCAAUAAAGAGUUUGUAGACAACGUCCGGAGACGUCAACCUCUACCCCUGCUCAUUCUCAUGCACUGGGGAGUGCUGUUGGGUGAACUGGAUGGGCAACGGUGGUGGGCUCGGAAUUCGGGGCGCGCGUUAGUUUCCGAGCUGCUGAAGGUCGUGAGCCCUGCAAGUUCGCAGUGGCAGGAUGCAUUGGCAUGGCCCCAGCAGAAGAUGGGACUGUGA